AUGUACAACUUUUUAUCCUUAACUGAUAAAGAAAGCGUUCGUGUAUUUAUUGCAAAUGAUUUAAAAAUUCACGAACUGCACGUCGAUGCAACUAAACAACGUACACAAUUGUCACAAUCGUCAAAUGAACAAAAAAGUCGUAAAGCCCAUGUAUUUGACAUUCCACUUCAAAAACUCGAUAUGAAGAUUGUGAAAAUGGAUAACUUUGAAUUAAAUGUGCCAGUUUUUUUAUGCGCCUGUAUCGAUAGUAUUCGAUAUCAUAUUAAAAAUGAAGGUUUAUUUCGAAAAUGUGGAGUAAAAGAACGAGUUGAUACUCUGGUGAAUAUUGUUAAUGAUGGAUCAUUUAGUACAUUAUCAACGGUGCCUGUCAACGACGUUUGUUUACUAUUAAAAAAAUUUUUACAGAGACUUCCACAACCGCUCAUUACUUAUUAUAUUCAACAACUAUUAUUUGAAUGUUUACAGCAAAAAGCUCCAUUAACCGAUGAAAAUGAAAAAAUUUCAAUUUAUUUAAAUAUUUUACUACUUUUACCGGAUGAACAUUUAUAUUCAUUAAUUUAUAUUUUACGAUUUUUAUCUGAUAUAGCAAAACAACAACAAUCAAAUAAAAUGGAUGCAAGAAAUUUGGCUAUUUGUUUAGGACAAGGAUUAAUGCGUUGUGAAUCAAAACAGGCAAUGACCGAAUCUUAUGUUAAUAGUGUAACACAUAUUUGCGAAAUAUUAAUUAUACACGCUGAUAAAUUAUGUUUCAUUAAAAAAUCGAUUUAUGAUCGAGCACAAAUGUUACUUAGCCUACAACAACAAUCAACAACAGAGAAUGCAGAUGUAGGUGAUGAUAGUUGUUUAAUUAACACGGGAGGAAAACAAUCGUUGAAUGGAAAAGGUGAUUGUGGCAAAAAACGGCGAAGUGGGACAGUUAAAGAGUUUUUUGCUCAAAUCUCUAGUCGUUGGCGUCGUCAUUCGAGUUCAAACAAUGAUAGUCGUGAUCAAACAACAAUAUUUUUGGAUCAAAGUGGAAAAUUGUCAUCAUCACAUCAUCAAUAUCAUAGUAAUAGUAACGGUGGCCAUUGUUUAUCAUCGUCAACUACAUCGAAAAGAAAGUCAAGUGAUGAUCCAUACUCGGGAACAAAUACCAAACGAGCAGUACACUUAAACUCGUGUAUUUCUUGUUCCAGUAAACCAAAAAGCGAAAAGUUAUCAGUGCCAGAUGGUGUAUGUGCUUCUGCAAAUACAAAUCGAUUUACAAGUCCUAUAUCAGCCUUUCGGCGAAAAAAGAAAAUUCCUGGUAGCUCAACCAGUGAAGAACAAGGAUUUCCUUUUAAAAUCGAAAAUUCUCACAUUCCAUAUCUUCAUUUUACAGACGAAGUGCCAUCACGAUUUAGUAAUAGUAGUAAUAAUCAGAAACAUUCAACCGCCGAUGGAACAAGUUCAUCAACAACAACAGCAAUUCCACUAUUACCGACGCCAGUAUUGCCAACAUCAUCAAUCAAUAAAUCACUCGAUUCAAAAAAGCUGAAUAUUUUGGAAAAGUGGUCUAAAGCAAGCAGACGAGGCGAACGUAAAAUGCCGUUAAAAGCUAUUCAUGGUGAGAUGAUAAUGUCAUCCUCUACGUCCACACAAUCUCCGUUAUCGCCUUCACCAAUCUCAUGUAAACAUCAUCAACCAUUCAUUGUUGAAAAUCGUUUGGGCUCUUCAGUGAAUGGCAAGAAUAACAAUAUAAACACCAACACACCUAUUCAUCAUUUUCAUCAUUCAAGUAAUGCUGGUGAUUUAUCACGUCGUCGACAUUCUGACGAUGUGAUUACAUUUCCUAGCCGUUCGCGACGAUCGGUAUCAACAAACGUCAAUAACAAUCAUACAAAUAGUAAUCAUUCACAAUACUAUCAUCAUCAAAAUCACAGUUAUUUCGCUCAAGAACAAACAGUAACUCAAUCAGCACCAACUGAUUUAAAUUAUACUCAGGAAGAAAUUGAUGAAUUUGAUGAAACAAAUGAUGAACUGAAUUUGGCUGUGGUAGUGGUCGCUGAUGAUUUACAGUCGUUACGAGCGUAUUCUGAACCAAUUGUCGGCAAUCUGGGUGGUUUUCAAAGUGAACAAGAUAGUGGAUCGUUGAAUGUUGCGUUUAUCGAUGAACAAGAGGCUUUGAGCGAACAAAUAAUGACAAAGGACAAUCAAGAAGAUGAGAUGGUCAAAGAUCCAACAACAAACGAACAUAUUCAUUCAAUCGAUGUUGUCAGAGAUACGUCAGAUACUAUGAGUCUUCAGAUGACAAUAGCAACAUUAACAGAUAAUGAAACAUUGACAAAAACAUUAUGUACUACUGAUCAGCAUUUAAUUGAAAUGGAAUGUACCGAUGAUGGUGAUGAAGUUUUGGACAAAUCAGUUCUUAUACCACUAGAAGAAAACAAUAUCUACAAUAAAGAAAAUAAUUUCAAUGAUUUAGAAGAAAUAUUAAAAUGUAGUGAAAAUCGACGUGUUAGUUUGUCGAACUCAGAUAGCGAAGAGCAAAUUCAAUUAUAUUCAGCCCAUCAAAAAUCGAGUACAACACCCGCUUGUGAUUUGAAACCUAUCACGCCAAAACUACCCAUAUUAUCAUCGUCAUCCUAUUCCCGUUUAUCUUCGGCUGUUUCAUUAAUACGUUCGGCCACAAUGACAACAUCAUCUCGUAAAAAACGUUCAUCAUCAGCUUCGCUCCCUACAGGUCAUAAUCACCAUUCCAUCUAUUUCUCACUCCGUCAACCAUUACAGGAGCAUUCAUCUCCGAACAAUAACAAUUAUUCAAAUUUUUUAUCAUUACCAUCGACAACAACAAUAAUGACGAAUAAACUCUCAAAUUUGGACAACGAAGAGAAUUUGCUUGGCAUCAAUGGUCGUGAAAGUUUACUCCAUUUACGAGAUGAACUUGCUGGCCGUGUAUUUCGUCAAGUAUUAGCAUUUGAAAAGCGAACAAAUAACGAGAAACAACAAACAAAAACAAUACCAAUUGAUAUAUCAUUUUCAUCGCCAUCGUUUGUUCAUCAUUCGACAACAGGAACAACCGUCCAAGUUACACCGAUGCCAUCUCUAUUCAAUGUUUUAUCAACACCACUAUCAACAACACCGGAAUUAUUGCUGGAACGUGCAUUAAUUCAACAACAUAAAAAUCAUUCAUCAUCAACUAGAAUCAAGCGUCAAGCAACGAGUGAACUGACAAGUACCGUAAAACGUUUGCAAAAUACACCAUUAAAACGUUGGAAAAAUGUUAGACAAUCGCAUGGUAAUUGGCGUACAACAUCGAAACAUUAG